GUGAAUUUCGGAACGCAGCCAUGGUAGUGGACCUCGUGUUAUAACAUGACCGAAAAACGCUGCUGAUGAAACGUUGCAAUUUAUUGCAUUUAUAACGCAUAAAUAUAUAGUAGCGAAUUAAUCGCACGUUACUCAAAGUGCACACGCUAAUAGAAGAAAGAAUACGGGAAGAAUAUCCAGUUUAAAAGCAGGUGUAUCGGUUGAAAUAUCUGAAACAGAGAUGACAUCACUAGAAGGCAUUUAUACAUCAGAAAAGAAUGGCAAUGAUGAAACAGGAGAUGGCUCAGAAAUCAACCCUUAUAAAACUAUUUUAGCAGCAAUGCGUCAUGCUGGUAAAGAGCCCUUUCCAGUCAUUUAUCAGGACUCUCGUGACAAUGAUAAGAAGUAUGAACCGGCAUCUAAAUCUCAAUUAAAAAAGAUACAAAAAAUCUGGGUUAGAGAACAGUACAAAAAUGAGGAAAAGGAAAAAAAACUAGUAGAAGAUGAAGAGAAGAGAUUGAAGAAUCUCGAAGAAGCUAAGGCAAUUGUUAUAGAAGAGGAUAAAUCUUUACCAGAUGCAAGACAAAUUAAAAUAAAAGAAGCUAUGAAUCAUAGAGAUGAAAGGGUUAAGUUAUAUGGAUGGGUGCAUAGAUUAAGAAGACAAGGCAAGGCUCUUAUGUUCAUCACACUAAGAGAUGGAACAGGCUUUCUACAGUGUGUGUUGAGUGACAAGUUGUGUCAAACAUACAAUGCCUUGGUCCUUGCCACAGAAGCUGCUGUUCAAGUGUUUGGAACUUUAAAAAUUGUUCCUGAAGGGAAAAGUGCACCUGGUGGACACGAACUAUGUGCUGAUUACUGGAAACUUGUUGGUCCAUCACCUCCAGGUGGUGCAGACUCAAUUUUGAAUGAAGAAGCCUUGCCUGAUGUACAGUUGGACAACAGGCAUAUAAUGAUACGAGGCGAAAAUACAUCUAGGAUUUUAAUCAUGAGAUCUGUACUAACGCAAGCGUUUAGGGAUCAUUAUAAAGAUCGCGGUUAUCAUGAAGUUACUCCACCGACUUUAGUGCAAACUCAAGUGGAAGGUGGUUCAACUCUUUUCAAAUUAGAUUAUUUUGGGGAGAACGCUUUUCUGACUCAGAGUUCUCAAUUAUAUCUUGAAACAUGCCUUCCGGCGAUGGGAGAUGUAUAUUGUAUCGCUCAAUCAUAUCGGGCAGAGCAAUCAAGAACGCGUCGUCAUCUUGCAGAAUUUACGCACAUUGAAGCAGAAUGUCCAUUUAUUACAUUUGAUGAUCUGCUUGAUCGAUUGGAGGACUUGGUUUGUGACGUGGUUGAGCGAGUUUUACAAUCGCCGCUCGGUAGUCUCGUCCAGGAAUUAAAUCCAAACUUUAAAGUGCCUAAGAAGCCCUUCAAGCGUAUGAAUUACAGUGACGCGAUCGAAUACUUGAAGGAGAACAAUAUCACAAAAGAAGACGGUAGCUUUUACGAAUUCGGAGAGGAUAUUCCAGAGAUGCCAGAAAGGAAAAUGACAGACGCUAUUAACGAACCAAUAAUGCUUUGCCGUUUUCCCGCUGAGAUAAAAUCGUUUUACAUGCAACGUUGCACAGAAAAUAGACGCUUAACCGAGUCUGUUGACGUGCUUUUGCCGAAUGUGGGUGAAAUCGUCGGCGGCUCCAUGCGUAUCUGGGACUAUGAUGAAAUGAUGGAAGGUUACAGUCGUGAAAAUAUUGAUCCGACUCCGUACUAUUGGUACACGGAUCAGCGAAAGUACGGAUCCUGUCCUCAUGGCGGUUACGGAUUAGGGCUGGAACGGUUCCUAUGUUGGUUGUUAAACAGAUAUCACAUACGUGAAGUGUGCCUAUAUCCGCGUUUCUUGGAGCGUUGUCGCCCAUAAAAGCAUUCCACGAUUUUAGCUGAAGACUAACGAAUACUUAGCGCAAAGAACUUAGCUUUGUUUAAGGCCGGUUCUACAUUAGUUGUAAGUCUCAAGGUCGCAAGAAAAUUGACCAAUCACAGUCAAUUCUUCUUUGAUCGUAAGAAGAACGAUCGACUGUGAUUGGUAAAUUUUCUUACGAUUUGCAACUAAUGUAGAACCGGCUUAAUAUAUAAAUUAUUAUAAUAAAACUAGCAACUGUAUUAGUGGAUGCACAGCGUCUCAAUUUUUUCCAAAUAAAAAGAAGUGUUAUUCAUA